AUGGUGGUUUGGAAGAAUGUUUUUCCUGUUCCGGCGACCUCGAUUUCUCACGCGAUCAAUGCUCGGAUGGAAUGGUUGGUGGCCUGGGCCAAGAACUCGCUGAGAAGCACUCCGACGACAGCCAAGGCGAUCUGCAAAGGCUGGCACGCUAUCCCCUUGGAUGCUGUCAAGUGCGAUGUGGACGCAGCUUUCUUCAAGGAAGAUGGCUCCAUGGUUCACAACCAUGAGGGCGCUUUCAUUCGAGGGAAAUCCUUUAAGAUGCCUGGCUUAAGGAGUGUCGAAGAGGGAGAGCUUAUUGGCAUCAAGGAAGCUCUCUCUUGGCUUAAGGAGUUGGGGUUUGAGCGUGGAUGGGUGGACUCGGAUAGCAAAAGGGCUUGUGACGUUAUUAACACCGGUGAGAGGAAUAUCCUGGAGCUGGGUGCUAUAGCGUCUCAUUGCCGCGACAUCCUCGAGCUUUUUCCGGGCAUCCGUGUUCGACACAUUAGAAGGGAACAAAAUGCAGCUGCUCAUUAUCUUGCUAAGGCUGCGAGGGAUAUAAACUCACAUCAUGUUUGGAAUGAACCUCCGUCCUUUGUGGUGGAUCAUCUCCAUGUACCAUGUUCUUGUGAUCAAUAA